GUGUCUCUCUCACUCGGCUUCCCCUGUUUCCUGGAAAAAUCGCCUUUGCAAUCUGCUUUAGGAUUCUCCGUCUCAUGAAUCUUGCGCAUCACGUUAUCUGCCUCCAAAGGAAUUCCACCUUUGACUCUUUCCGUUGACUAAAACUCUCCAACAUUAAUACAUACUUUUUACAUAUAUAUACAUACACACACACACAUAAAAAUCUUCAUUGUUCACUUGCAUGUUGACAGAACAAAAAAAAAAAAAAACCACUUCACUCUAAGAAGUUGCUCAACAGAAGCUCCACAGAAAAUGGAAUUCUUAGCUUCACCGAAACAGGUUAUGUCAACCUUCUUGUCAUCAAACUUUUUUUCAUACCCAAGUACUAAUUUCCUUCUAAAACCAGUUUUCCUUCGUGGGGUUUCUGGUUCUUUGCAUUUUAUGUUGUUAUUUGUGUUGUUUAUCUCGUGGGUGUGUCAUAAAUUGAAGGGAAGUAAUACGGAGGGUCCAAAAGAGAGGUCAAAAAACACGAAAAGUCUGUAUCAUAAACAGACUUUGUUUCUUUGCUUUGGUCUUUCUCUGUUUAACCUGGUUUUGUGUUUGUUGAGUUGCUUUUUUUGGUAUAGAAAUGAUUGGUCUGAAGAAAAUGUAGUGACCGUUUUGGAUUUAGCCAUUAGAACACUUGCUUGGGGUGUAAUUUCUGUCCAUUUGCACGCCCAAUUUUCCAAUUUUGGUCAAUCAAAAUACCCGUAUUUGUUGAGACUUUGGUGGGGUUUCUACUUCUUUGUUUCUUGUUAUUGCCUCGUUAUUGACAUUGUUCUGCACAAGAAACAUGUUUCCUUACCAGUUCAGUCCUUGGUUUUGGAUGUCGUAUCCGUUAUUUCGGGUUUGUUUUUCGUAUUUGUCGGGUUUUUCGGGAAGGUGGAAGAUCAAGAAACUCUUCUUGAAGAACCCCUUUUGAAUGGUAAUAGUGGUGUAGGUAGUGAUGUAGUGUCAAACAAGCCCAAGGGGGAAGAAACUUUAACCCCCUAUUCGAAUGCUGGAAUUUUCAGCAUUCUUAGUUUCUCUUGGAUUGGUCCUCUAAUUGCCCUUGGCAAUAAGAAGACUUUAGACCUUGAGGAUGUUCCCCAACUUGAUGUUGGAGAUAGUGUGGUUGGAAUCUUUUCGACUUUAAAGAGUAAAAUCGAUUCUGAUUGCGGAGACGUUAGCAGAGUUACCACGCUUAAGUUGGUGAAAGCACUUUUCUUGUCUGUUUGGAAAGACUUUCUCUUGGCAGGCUUGCUUACACUUCUAUACACCAUAGCAUGCUAUGUUGGUCCUUAUCUUAUUGACACUUUAGUUCAAUACCUUAACGGGCGUCGUGAGUUCAAAAACGAGGGCUAUAUGCUGGUUUCUACAUUUUGCUUGGCGAAGAUUGUGGAGUGCCUCUCGCUGAGGCAAUUGUUUUUCAAGACACAACAGAUUGGAAUUAGGGUCCGCUCAGCGCUUGUCGCGCUAAUUUACAACAAGGGCUUGACGCUUUCGUGCCAGUCCAAGCAGGGGCAUACCAGUGGGGAGAUUAUCAAUUUCAUGACUGUUGAUGCUGAAAGAGUUGGAGAAUGCAUUUGGUAUAUGCACGAUCCAUGGUUGGUAAUUGUUCAAGUCGCUUUAGCACUGUUGAUUCUGUACAAGAAUCUUGGUCUCGCUGCAAUCUCGACAUUUGUGGUGACUGUGUUAGUUAUGUUGGUGAAUAUUCCUCUGGGGAAGUUGCAAGAGAAGUUUCAAGACAAGUUGAUGGCGUCAAAAGAUGUUAGGAUGAAGGCGAUGUCUGAGAUAUUAAGGAACAUGAGGAUUCUCAAGUUACAAGGUUGGGAGAUGAAGUUCCUGUCCAAGAUCACUGAGCUCAGGAAAAUCGAGGAAGGGUCAUUGAGAACAUAUCUUUACACUUGGGCUAUGACCGUAUUUGUCUUCUGGGGUGCUCCUACAUUUGUGUCUGUUGUCACUUUUGGUACUUGUAUGCUUCUCGGGAUUCCACUUGACUCUGGGAAGAUCUUAUCUUCGCUUGCAACAUUCAGGAUUCUUCAGCAGCCUAUCUACAGUCUGCCAGACACAAUUGGGAUGGUAGUACAGACGAAGGUUUCCUUAGACCGAAUAUCAUCUUUCCUUCGUCUUGAUGACUUGCAGCCCGAUAUUAUCGAGAAGCUUCCAAGAGGUAGUUCAGAUAUAGCUAUUGAGAUAGUUAAUGGUAAUUUCUCUUGGGAUGUAUCUUCCCAAAAUCCAACACUGAAUGAUAUUAGUUUCAAAGUGUCCCACGGUAUGAGAGUUGCUGUUUGUGGUACCGUUGGCUCAGGCAAGUCAAGCUUGCUUUCAAGUAUCCUAGGAGAGAUUCCAAAGAUUUCCGGGACCAUUAAGUUGUGUGGAACGAAGGCCUAUGUUGCGCAGUCACCAUGGAUUCAGAGUGGCAAGAUAGAGGAGAACAUAUUGUUUGGUGAGGAGAUGGACAGAGAAAGGUAUGAGAGGGUUCUAGAAGCUUGUUCACUGAAGAAGGACCUGGAGAUCCUCCCAUUUGGUGAUCAGACAGUCAUCGGGGAAAGAGGAAUCAAUUUGAGUGGUGGACAAAAGCAGAGAAUACAAAUUGCACGCGCCUUGUACCAAGAUGCUGAUAUCUAUCUGUUUGAUGAUCCUUUUAGUGCUGUGGAUGCUCACACAGGAUCUCACCUCUUUAAGGAAUGCUUAUUGGGCCUAUUGAGUUCAAAAACCGUGAUUUAUGUCACUCAUCAAGUUGAAUUCUUACCCACUGCUGAUUUGAUACUGGUCAUGAAAGAUGGAAGGAUUACCCAAGCUGGAAAGUACGAUGAAAUUUUGAAUUUUGGGACUGAUUUUAUGGAACUUGUUGGCGCCCACAAGGAAGCAUUGUCCACACUUAAUUCUGUAGAUUCUGGCUCAGCUGAAAAGACGUGUAUUGAUGAGAACAAUGAAAAGUCGGCGAGUACAAGUGGGGUUUUGAAGAAAGAAGAAAGUAAAACCGAGGGUGCAGCAGGACAAAAAGGACAGCUUGUUCAAGAAGAAGAAAGAGAGAAGGGUAGAGUCGGCUUUAGGGUGUAUUGGAAAUACAUCACAACAGCAUAUGGAGGAGCUCUUGUACCUCUUAUAGUGCUUGCGCAGAUUUUAUUUCAGGUUUUCCAAAUUGGGAGCAACUAUUGGAUGGCCUGGGCAAGUCCUGUUUCGGAGGGUGAAGCGCCUGCUGUCAGUGGCACUACACUUAUACUUGUAUAUGUUGCUUUGGCCAUUGGGAGUUCAUUUUGUGUCCUCUUGAGGGCUAUGCUUCUCGUAACAGCUGGAUAUAACACAGCUACUUUACUCUUCAAUAAAAUGCAUCAAUGCAUUUUCCGCGCUCCAAUGUCGUUCUUUGAUGCCACCCCAAGUGGAAGAAUCCUAAAUAGGGCUUCUACUGACCAAAGUUCGGUGGAUCAGACCAUUUUCAGUCAAGUUGCUGCCGUUGCAUUCUCGUUGAUCCAACUUAUCGGAAUUAUUGCAGUGAUGUCCCAAGUUGCUUGGCAAGUCUUUAUUGUAUUCAUUCCUGUCAUUGCAACCUCUAUAUGGUAUCAGCAAUACUACAUACCUUCAGCACGAGAACUAUCACGGUUAGUUGGCGUCUGCAAAGCUCCAGUCAUACAACAUUUUGCAGAGACAAUUUCAGGAGCAACAACCAUAAGGAGCUUUGAUCACGCGUCGAGAUUCCAGGACACAAACUUGAAAUUGGCAGAUGGAUAUUCCCGGCCUAAGUUCAGCAUUGCAGGUGCAAUGGAAUGGCUAUGCUUUCGCUUGGAUGUGUUGUCUGUUAUUACAUUCAUCAUUUCUUUGGUUUUCUUGAUCACUCUUCCGGAGGGAGUGAUUGAUCCAGGCAUUGCGGGAUUAGCCGUCACAUAUGGACUUAAUCUGAAUAUGCUACAAGCUUGGUUUGUUUGGAAUCUUUGCAAUAUGGAGAACAAAAUAAUAUCAGUGGAAAGAAUUCUCCAAUACACCACUAUCCCAAGCGAACCUCCUCUUGUAAUAGAAUCAAAUCGGCCCGAUCAUUCUUGGCCAUCACAUGGAGAAGUCGCCAUUCGUGAUCUUCAGGUUCGAUAUGCCCCACACUUGCCACUUGUGUUGCGAGGUCUCACGUGCACUUUUCCGGGAGGAAUGAAGACCGGCAUUGUAGGGAGAACAGGCAGUGGUAAAUCAACUCUCAUUCAAACACUUUUCCGGAUUGUCGACCCUGCCACCGGUCAGAUUGUGAUAGAUGGCAUCGACAUAUCUUCAAUUGGGCUGCACGAUUUGAGAUCAAGGUUGAGCAUUAUCCCUCAGGAUCCGACCAUGUUUGAAGGGACUGUGAGAAGCAACUUGGAUCCGCUCGAAGAAUACACAGACGAACAAAUAUGGGAGGCUUUGGAUAAGUGCCAACUUGGAGAUGAAGUUAAGAAGAAAGAAGGAAAGCUAGAUUCUGCAGUUACUGAGAAUGGAGAGAAUUGGAGUAUGGGUCAGAGGCAACUUGUCUGCCUUGGCAGGGGGCUACUCAAGAAAAGCAAGGUUCUGGUGCUUGAUGAAGCCACAGCAUCGGUCGACACAGCUACCGACAAUCUAAUUCAGCAAACACUUCGACAACACUUUUCUGAUUGCACGGUUAUCACCAUUGCUCAUCGCAUAACUUCCGUUCUUGACAGUGACAUGGUUUUGCUUCUUAGUCACGGGCUUAUUGAGGAAUAUGAUUCUCCGACAAGAUUGCUUGAGAACAAAUCAUCGUCUUUUGCACAGCUCGUGGCAGAGUACACCGUCAGAUCAAAUACAGAUUUUUGAAAAAUUUUCUAAAAUAAGAACUGGUCUGUUGAGAUAGUACCCUUGACGAUGAUGAAAAUGAAUAGUGUUGUGUUUUUGGUGUUGGAUUAACAAACUCUGCAAGAGACAAGCGAAAAUGCAUUUCUAUUUCAAAGCUUUAUCAAUGAAUAUUGUUUUUGUAUAAACAAUGUUACAGGGAAUAUCACAUUUGGUAAGAAUUUACCUUGUUUAUCUGUUUGCAGUAUUUGCUGGGUGAUAGCUGUGACAUCUUUUUAACAUCUGCAGAUGUAGAACCCUCUUGUUUUUGCUUUCUCAUUUCCCAACUUGAUUGAGGGGAAGGGGCAAAAACAUGGGAAGAAUAAAAGCAAAAGGUUAGCACAUAUCACAAUA